AUGUCAAAGAAUGUGGAAAUCCUCUAUCACACAACUAAAAAUAUUGUUUUAAGAAGUAUCGCUAAGCCCCCUUUAUGUUUUUCUCCUAAUAAAUUUCCCUUGCAGCUAUUCCCCAGCAUCAUUUUUGUCGAAAAAUAACUGUUUUUGUAAAAGUAAGUGCCAGAUGAAAAAAAAAAUCAUCGAAGUGCGCCAAGGAAAUGACUGUAAGAGAAAAGUCCAAAGGAAAAGAUAUGCCAUGCACUAAGCCAGUUACUUUUCCUCUUAAUGAAGAGAUGCUUGAAAUUAUAGACAAUCUCGUUUUUGCAAUUAGAUAUAGAGAUAUGGUAUGGACAAAUUAUGGACUAAGUAUAUCAGCUCCUCAAAUUGGAGAGCCUUACAGAAUGUUUAUUGCUUCUCCGCCUAAGAAUUGGAUUCGAAAAGCAUAUCAUAGAACAUUUGAUUAUUAUAUAAAUCCUGAAAUUGUAUGGAAAUCAAAUGAAACAAGCGAAAACUGAGAAGGGUGUUUGAGCAUCCCUAAAUACGAAUAUUUAGUUAGAAGACAUAAUUCAGUUACUGUAGAAUAUUAUGAUUUAAGGGGAAAAAAGAAACAGAAGACAGUAAUAUAUACAGAAGCCAAUGUAAUUCAGCAUGAUAUUGACCAUUUGAACGGGAAACUUGUUUCUGAUAAUGCUUUUCAAGAACGACUUAUCUUACGAAAAGAGCCCGAAGUAACAGUUAUAGAUUAUCCAGUUAAUAUCACUUAA